UUUGGUGUGCAAAAGGCAUGUCAUGUGGGUUAAUGCUCCAUCAAACUGGCUAGCCACCCAUUCCUUUAAUCAAACCAAGCAUGCUUCAAAUUUUGAAAAGGACGAAUGUUCGCAAUAUUUCAAUAUGUGAAGUGAGGCAAAGUAAUUUGUUUUAAUGGCUGCAUCUAUAAGCAGAGGAGGCUAGUCGUUGGUGCCUCAACGGUGUUCAUAAGACGAAUCAGUAUGAAACAAAGGUUGGGGUUUGCCUGAGGCAGGUUUCACUUCAAAUAGAGGUAGGGGACCCAUCAUCCUCUAGAGAUACAUUGGAUUCAGCUCUCAGAAGCUAUGGUCAGCCUGGUAAUGAAGGGACCCAAGUCAUCAUGGAAGUUGUAGUCCAAAACUAGUUCUCGUGCUUUUGUCUUUUGGAUGAUUUGGACCUCAUCUCCCAGAAAUCCAAACCAACAUGACUGAUGGUCAGGAAUGCUGGGAGCUGAAGUCCCCAACACUUAAAGGGCCAAAGUUUGAAGAGCACUGGUCUUAAAAAGAGAGAGAGAACUAGAAGGUACACAAAGCUUUAUGACACAGACAUUGCUAUUAAGGUAUAUUGCAGAUGAACAGUUAGGAAAAUAUUACAUUGCUUAAUGAUGGUAGGACUUUAAUAAGAUGGAGAAGACAUAAUUUUAAGGCUGUUCUUGCAAACUUCAGCCAUCCAGACUUGUUGGCUGGCUGCAUCUCCUGAAAGCUUCCAGAAGCAGUAAUUUGUGAAGUUCUGGUCAGUUCCUUUGUGCUUUUAUUAGCAUUUAUGGGUGACCUAAUCUUGCACUCUUUGAAUAGUCCCGGGAGUGUUUCCCCCAACUUCUUGCAGUUUCUAAGCCUUGUAUUAAAAAAACUUUUAUAUCUAAUGUAUCCAGUUAUUGGCUGGAUGAAACAAACACACAGUCUAUUGACUGAGUGAGGUUGUGAAACUAUUUAUCCCCUGUGUGUGUGUGUGUGUGUGUGUGUGUGUGUGUGUGUGUAUUCCAAUAUUAAUGCCAUCUUGAGUAGCGCUGGGAAAAGCCUUUUAAAAAGUUAAAUUCAGCAGCCAAGUAUUUAAAAAAUGCAUUAUUUGAAAUAGUUUGUGUGUGUCAUUUAAUGCCAAAUUAAGAUUUGAUAAUAGGUCUCAGAAGAUAUUACAACUUACUACAAGAGUGUAUCUUCUAUAUGUUUUUGAUCUACAGUUUCCAUGAGUCCUUGCUCCAUAGCUAAAAGCUAAUGGAAACUACAAUCUAGAGGUGCAUUUACACUGCAGAAUUAAUGCAGUUUGACCUAACACUGACUGUCAUGCUUCAAUGCAUUGGACUUUUAGUUUUACAAGGUCUUUGGUCUUCUCUGCCUCCCCAAACAACAAAUCCCAGGAUUCCAUAGCACUGAGCCAUUGCAGUUAAAGUGAUAUCAAACUGAGUUACUGUAACUCUACAGUGUUCAUGCACUCCUAGUGGGCUUCAGUGACAAUGGGAUUCAAACCCUGAUCUCCCAGAGUCCUAGAUACAGCCCAGAACAACUUGGAAGGAAGUAGUUGCCCAUUCUUAUGUUAAUGUCUGAGACAAACAUUAGGAAUGACACACUAGUGAGAUUGCUCACAACAGUUUAUUUCCUUCACUAACUAAGCCAUCACACAAUGGGAUACUUUUCUUCAGGUGAGAUGUCAGAAAAGCUAAACCGUUGUCGUAAGGAGCUUGCUGCUGCUAUUGGCCGAGCCAUGGAAGAUCUCUCCAUUCCUCCCUUGGCUUCCCCAGACUCCGCUGCUGACCUGAGCUCUGACUUACCCACGACACGGACCCCAACGCCCCCCAACGAAGAACCCUCUAGUCAGAAAGGAGAAAGCACCCCACCCACGGUGUAUUGCCCCCAGGUCUCUUUACCAGUGGCUUCUACUUCUGAAAAAGAGAACCCCCUCUUCAGGCAAAAUCUAAUUCCAGUGACUGUGGCCCCCAACAUUCAAUCCCCGAAACGGGAGCCCCUGUCAAGCAAGGAAAACACAUGGCUACAUCCUCAAAUUUUCAUCGCUGACAGGCAGUUUUUCCUCAGCUUAGAAGACAGCGAGAGGAGAAAGCAGCAUCUAAGUAAAACUGAUGAAAGGCCCAUGAAGUCUGAAACAAGUGUAAGUGAUGACGAUGCCGCUCCACAGAAUCUGAAAGAGCUUGCUGAUUUGAGUGAUAACCCAGCUAUGUGGCCAGCAGAAAAGCUUCCAAGGAAACCUGGUUUUGAAAAUGAACUGCAGGAAGUGUCUAGGCUGUCAAGUGAACUAUUUCCUCUAGAUGCAUCCUCAGUCCUUGAUAUGGAUGUGAGUAGUUUCAGAAAGGUCCUGGAGCACAGCACCGAGGAUGAAGCAAUCAUUGAAACGUUGCUAGAUAUGGAAGAGGAAUACAGAUUGAACAGCUCCACCUUGCACCAGCUGCACUAAAGAGGCUGGUGUGAGGUGUGAGCUAUCUUCAUUUUAAGAUUGGAUAGCGGCAUGUCUGAACCAUGGAAAAACUGGCAAACUGGCAAAACAUGUUACAUGAUGCACUAAUAAACUAAAUAACUUACAA